AUGGCGUGUCAAGGGGAUGUGAAACUUGCAAGCAGAGGCGCAAAAAGUGCGACGAGGCUCGACCCAUGUGUGAAAGCCAAGCGCACAUGCGGCGGAUACAAGGAUGAAUCCGACAUUAUAUUCCGGCAUCAUCGCCACGAUUUAUAUCGCGACCACUCAGACACUCGCGAAGCACACGAGAUUGAGUCCGAGCAUUCAAGGCGAAAGAAUCCGUUGUCCAAGGUCGCGCACUACACGAGCGCAGACUGGCACGAUGCUGCUCUAGAGCGGGAAGCCCGGGAAUUGUUUCUCAACGACUACUCUGUGAUAUCUUCUGAUCGAUCACUAUCACGAGGCUACCUUGAUGGCCUCCGACAACUACUCGUAUAUACCGGAUCUUCGUCAGAAGUAUCGAGAGCCGUGACCAUUGUGUCUUUGGCCAGCUAUGGAAACAAGCAUCAUCGCCCAGAGAUAUGCGCGGAAGCAAAAUUUCUCUACUUUCAACUAUUACAAUCCUUUCAGAAAACCAUCUCGAACGUUGCGACUUUCAACAUCGUAGAGUCGCUGGUGACCGCUGUCCUGCUUGGACUUUAUGAGAUCAUUUCCACCACCGAGGCAUAUUCAAGUGCUCACAGCGCUCACUCUAAAGGCGUCUCGGCCAUUCUGGGAUCGGAGCAUUCGCCUUUCAGUAUCUUCGAGGGUGCAAAGUUGUUUCAAAUGUCGAAUCCUCUCCGGAUAGGCGCAGAUCGACUAGUGCCGUCACCCAAUUCUGGAAUUCUUUGCGCUCCGCUAUCAGCCCAUCCUGUACAGACUCUGGACUCGAUCAUGCUGAGGACCAGGCCUCUCAGUGACAAGAUGACACAGCUGCUGCAAUCACCAGGGGAUAUCGGUGCCGAGGAAUUGCAAACUUUGAGGGACGAAAUGAUGCUCCUCGCAUAUGAAUAUGCCCAAUGGCCCGAGAACCAGCCGCCAGAGUGGUUGCCGAAGACAAUAGGAACCAUCACCCCAACCCAAGCCAGGUCGGCCGGUCCGAUCUAUUGGCCGGGAAAGAUGGAAAGUUAUUUUGACCUAUACGUCGCCGGCGUGUGGAGUUCUUAUCGCAAGUCUCGCCUCUUGUACCUCGACAGACUCAUAAGGUGUGAACUUCAGUUCCCGGAGUCCGAAAGGAAGUUACCCCUUGGGAGGUUAUACUCUGAAGUGCAAGACCUUGCAUCUGACCUUGCAUCGUCAGUCCAUUUCAUAUUGACUGGCUCUGUCGAUAUGCCUCCACUAAAUCCUCCAGGCAUCAUCCCAGGUAAAGCUGUGGGUGGCCUUCUACUUCUUCACCCGCUGUGUGUCACUUCGACGUUAUCAGUCGUAUCUCCUGAAAUGCAGACGCACUUUCGGAAUUGUCUGGCUUGGAUUGGGCAGAACAUGGGUAUCGGUCAAGCGACUUUACUCGCCAAGCAUCCUACCGGCUUGCCUUAUGACUUUAUAAAGGACGGCCAUGUUCUCGUUUGGGCAGGGAUGCUCAUUAGCCAAGUUUGA